GAAAAAUAGAGGGAAAGAACAACAGGAUAUUGUCCCGUCCUAGUCUGUGUGCCAACAGUGACAAAAUGUUGUUUUCUCCUCGGUUUUGGGAUUCUUGUCGGCCUUUUUUAGCCCCGGGUGAGGCUGGACAAACACAUGAAGAUGUUUUCAAAAUUUUUCCGGUUAUCGUGGAAACCUUGAGUCUCCGGGAGGAAGGUGGUGUCCUACGCCCGUACGCAGCCGUUCCUGUUUUGGAGGAUGCUUCUCUGACUCAUGCAGAGGGAAAGACGAUUCCUGUCGGAAAACACACCGGGAAGACACGCAGCGCUGCCGUUGGCCAGGAUGACACCCGCAGAGCUGCCGCAGGCGUGGAAGUGAGCCACGAGCUAUUUGGGUAGCGCGGCGAAAACAGCACUGCUGUGCAAUUUCCAUGCCAAACUAGAGCGCUAUUUUUGGCUUCCAUUCUCCUUUCUUUUUUUUAACACCUGUGGGCCACCGAAAGAUAAGAGGGAAACGCAGCAAAUGCUAUGAAAGAUCAAUGACAGAACAUUAAAAAAACCUGCCUGCAGUAUGAGACGGGAUGAAGUGAAGGAGAAUGACAAAGGUUUGCUCAUCAGAUAUUUGCUGUGACCUUCACCUGUGAAUCUGCACAAGCAAUUCCUUCUUCAGCUCACUCGAGGAACUGCAUCUUGGGCCUUGUUCUGCUUUAAAUUUGAAAGAAACAACACCACUUAACAAGACCUCGAAACCUACUGAGAAAUAUAAUGACCGAGUUCCUGGUUUGUUUCAAUUGGUGCAACGGCGAACCGCCGCAGCCGAAGAGGCGUCGGAGACUGGACCGGGAUAUGAUAGGAGAGCCCAUGAACUUCGUGCACACUGCGCACGUUGGGGCGGGAGAGAUGAGCAGUGGCUUCUCAUCUGCUGUAUCAAUUCAGGACCACAUGAAGUCUAAAGGUGGCUACACAAAUGGUACUUCUGCAACUGUUCAGAUGUAGAAAGUUAAGACUGAAAUCUGCCCUGCCUUAUGAGGACCUCCUGGACUGUGAUUUCAUAUUAUCUAAAACCUCUUUAUGAUGGAGGAGAGAGAGUACUUGAAUUAUAAAUAGGUCAGUGCAAGGUUUGGCAUUCUUUGCACAAUAGCUUCUGAGUAAGUUACUGUAAAUCGUCCUUAAAAUGGUCUGUUGUGGUAGUGUUGUAGGAACACCUGUAAUGCAUUGCUGUGGAUGUCUUCCUGACUUGCCAGCUGCAUCCCAAAAAGUUAAGUUGUCUUGUAGGGUGGGACUGGAAGUUGGUAGGAAUUGUCUGGGUUUUGAUCUCUCCCCUCAAGAAACGCAGGGACUGAUUUAACUGGAAGAUGUAGCUUGCUUGCACUUCCGACACAAGGUAAACUGAAUUUCUAAGUAGGAUCUUGCAGCCUUAUAACGCUGGGGCUAAUUUUUGAAUGCCUUACAAAUCUAAUGCAUUAGUCUACUGAGCUGUACUUUAGUAUUUUCUCAUGACUUUUUAUAGUAAUGAACUCUAACAUGGUAUAGUUAGCUGUGUCUGAGGAGCCCAGUGGAACUUCUGCUUUGCUGUGAUAAAGCCUCUGUAACUAAAGAUCCAGGUUUUGCAAGUAUACCCACUCUAAAAUGAGGCUUAAAAAAAACAGUAUUUCUCUCAGUUACUGGGCUGCUUCCCUUCCAUACACACACUGGCGUAGCUGAUAGGUAUUACUGGAACAAAUUUAGUAACGCGUAUCUGUUAAUAUGAAGUGGUGCUACAAACUCUUUACACCUGUAUGUUAACUUUGCAUGAAUGUUACUGAAUUUUAAACUAAACGUAUUUAUUUAAGAUCACGCUACCUGUCUUUAACAGUAACUACACAGGACUUCAAGGGGGAUCUCAUUUGUCUUUCUGGCUCCUUAAUUUCAAGACUGCUUUUUUGGAUGAACUGAAAUCUUAUGCAUGUUUUUAAGUUAUAUGGCUUAACUAAAAUGUACAACUUGAUUGAUAUAGUCAUGUGAAGGGCGGAGAUUGAAAGAAUACUGUGAAAAUACUGAACAACCAGUCCAGAAAUAUAGGAAACUUGCUUGCUGUCAGGGGAUUAACUAAAUGUAAGUGUUCAAAUUCUUACCAAAAUGGCACAGCCAUGAUGGAAGUCAGUGAGACUCUUCCCUUCUUGCUGUAGGCAUAAGAUCAGCUAUGAACUUUUGUUCCCUCUUAAAUAUCUGCCUUCCAAACGUCUAGCUAGCAGAUCUUUUAACAAAUAUGAUUCUGUUUGUGGCUUGUGAUGCUUAUAAAUCCAGAUUGUUUUGUUGAAGUGUUAAAUUGCCUCUUCUGCAUAUACAAGGGGAUUUAAAGUAUGAGAGCAAGUUCUGUGUUUCUAUGUGCUUCAAAGAAGAAAUGUUCCUCUCGCUUCCCGUAUUUCAUCUUUAAAGGCCAAAGAGGAAGAGAGAGAAUGUUACUUUCUGUAAUAGCGACAAGUCAUCACACUUGGCAACGGCAUAAAACAGAAAUCUAACAUCCAUGUCUUGCUGGAUGCUUACUCUUGGAUUACAAUGCAUGCCAUAUUUUAAAGUACACUUUUAAAUUAGAGCGAGUUAGCUGUCUAGCUUUUUAAAACAGUCUUUCAUAUUCCUAUUUCCUUGCUAACCUCAGGUUUAUACCAAUAACCUAGUUAGGAUACAGAAUUCAAAAAAGCUAAAUCCUGUAGGCUGUUGAAGAAGCAUGAAGUGGCAAAGUUGUUUAAAAAAAUAAAUAUUAAUUCAUCUGUCAUUAAAUGGAGUUCAUGUGUUCAUUGGUUUGUACCUGCCCAGAAAGCAGAGUAGUAUUAAAUACUAGGACAGCUGUGAUGAAGAAAAUGGGUGGCAUUUCCUUAAUACUGUAGGAAAGCAAAUUGAACAGCAGUUAAUAAUUCCUGAAGACCCAUUCAGUAAAUUUAAGAUUAGUGUAUGCAGAACUAGAAAUAAAGUUGGUGAUUGUGUCAGUUCCUCUUUAGGAAUAAAUCCACAGAGAAUUGCUAUUAAACUGUUUUUAUUUUUUUCUUUUUAGAAAAAUCCUCGUCUUCAUUCUGUAAACCAAGCAGCAAUAUCUGGUGUAAAAUUAAUCUGUUUUCAUCAGUAUUCUCUGGGAUCAUAUUAAAGUGAACUAAAUAGUAAUAGUAUUAGAAAGAAGUAUUUUGCUAUUGCAUUAAAGAUGUCUGUCUUAAGAUCAAAACAAACAUAAAAGCAUGUCUUGGGAUUUGGGUAAUUUUUCUUUCUUUUUAGUUGUAUAAUUGCAACCCUUCUCUAGCUGUGAUCUGUCGUGCAAGUGGCUAGUGUAAACCUACCUAGGUUAUAAUAAAUCUGUUGAGCUAAGCACUUUUGCUCUUCUCAUAUUGUAAAAAUCUGGAUACUUUCUCUGCCCUGAAAACCUAUUGGUCAGGUAUCAACAUGGCUUGAAACUUUCUUGAACAAAAUCAAAUUUAUCCACUAGAGAGCACAAUUUUCCAUCAAGUCUCUUCUGUCUCUGCUCUGUACCAGCUACUACUUCAGUGAGUGAGUUAGUUAUUUUAACGUGACUGGAAUACAGUACAGUAAAUGAGGCCCAAGGAUCAGACCUCUUUAUCUACUGCGCAGGCUGUGAAAUCUUUACAUCAGUACGAUGUGGCAAUGAAAUAAAUAUUACUGCUCUAACUUGAUGGCACUUACUGCUUUCUUUGUGUAGUCUGAAAUAAAAUAACUUGCUAGCAGAGCAGGAUGAAGUCUUUCAUGUGUACUCUCGCUGCUGUGUCUGUUUGCCUCCUGAAAAGAGGUUGGCUGGGGGGAGGUAGCUGUUUUAAAUAGUGUGCAUCUGUGUAUUGUGGCAGUGUAGAUACUUUUAAAAAAAAAAAAAAUUGCACAACCUGAUAUAUCCCUUACCUUGUGUAGAGGCUCUGUAACAAUCAUAUGGGGUUAUGCUGUGUUCCAGGUUAUCUUGCAGCCCAGGCUUGUAGUGCUGUUCCUUAUAUGAUCUCGGCCUAAUGGAUUAACAGGUGCUUCUGUGACUUCUACUCUGUAGAGACAAAAAACUCUUUGAGAGGGUUAAUCAAUGUUCUUAAUCUUACUGUGCCUGCAAGAAUAAAU